AUGCUUAUAACUCUCAUUGCUGGAAGCAUCCGCUGGCUGCAUAUUCCAUGCAGAAAGUCCACCAAAAUUAUGUUCGCUCUUGGUCGCGAACUCGGUCCUGGCAUCGGAACGGUGUGGGCAAUGACCGCAGGUUCUGUCGGAGGGGUCUUCUGGACCACGUGGGAAAGCGGGCUCGAUGCUUCAUCACUCUAUACGUAUUUAUCACUGGCUGGUCUGUUUCAACAGCCGCUAACAGUCCAUUUAGCCGACAUUGAGCGUUGGUUUUCCUUCGUGAUCGGGAAUUUCUCCUGCAGAGCGCUCGGCAACUCUUCAUUCAUAUCUGUGCAAUUUCUCUUCACACGGGAGAAAGAGAAGCCCCUACGAUUAGCUCACAAACACUGA